AUGCAGGCGACCUUCUCUUCCGCAGCGCGUGCCUCGUCGCUGCAGCACUCCCCAGUGGGGGCAGAGAUUUGGAGGCUUGCUUUCCUGGACUGGGGCAUGUUCCUGCAAAGUUUGGAAGAGGCCUGGCCUGCCGGCUCAACACUCCACUGGUUGCAAGAGCAAGAGCAGCCUCCUGUCCCGAACGUCUCUGCAGGCAAUGUGCCGGCACCCGUCCGGUCUUUCCGAUGA